CCCCACCCAGGAGCCACACACACAGGCACAGAGCCGAGUUAUCCUCAGCCAAGAAGGGGGAUAAAAAGCUCCAUCCCACCACAGAAUGCACUGGCAAAAAUCUUCUGCCUCAGAGCAGCAGCCACAGCCUCGCCCCUACCAAGGUGUCCGAGUGAAGGAGCCGGUGAAGGAGCUGCUGAAGAGGAAAAGGGGGAACAUCCAUAAUUCUGCUGCAACUGCAGCUACAACGGUUUCUUUGCCCCAUCAGCCAGUCCCUUCCUACUCACCCAUGGGCCAGCCUUGCAUUGACAUGGAUGCUGCUGGCCCUGCUCUGCCUGGCCCAGAGGAAGGAGCUCUGGCCUCAGGAUGGAUCCCCCAGCCCUCUCCCAGCUCCCUGCAGCCCCUGGCUCAGUGGAGCCCUUACCCUGAGUACGUGUCCCACGAGGCUGGCGGCUGUCCCUACACAGCAGAUAUGUACGUGCAGCCCGUGUGUCCCAGCUACACCCUGGUGGGACCCUCCUCUGUCCUCACCUACACGUCCCAGCCUCUCAUCACCAAUUUUGCACCCCGCAGCACCACCCCGGCCGUGGUGCCACCGCUGGAGGUGACGGAGCAGCAGCCACCCCUGACGUAUUUCCCAUGGGCACAGCCCCUGUCUGCCCUGCCAGCCUCCACCCUGCAGUACCCUGCAGCCUCCUCCUCGCUGCCCGGGCCCCAGCUGGUGCCUGUGCCCAUCUCCAUCCCCGAGCCAGCCCCGCAGGAGCUGGAGGAUGCCCGGCGAGCCAUCGGCGCCCUGCCCAUCGAGAAGCUGCUCCUGGAAGAUGAAGACAAUGAUACAAUUCUGCAUAUUUAUGCAGCUAAAGGCCUGAGGGCCCACACGAUGGCAGCUGCAGAGCGCAUGAAACCCCUGAAGAGACUCGAUGCCAAGGAACACAGAGGAAAGACUCCCCUGCUGGUGGCUGUCACUGCCAGGCACGCUGCCAUCGUCCACGACCUGAUCCAGGCAGGAGCAGACAUCAACGCCGUGGACAACAAAGGGCAGUCAGCUUUACACCUUGCUGCCACCUAUGGCUAUGCCCAAGUGCUCCAGGUUAUCUUGUCCCUGGGUUUCCCUCUGGAUUUGGAAAUGAAGGAUUUUGAAGGCCAUACCCCUCUCCACUGCGCUGUCCUGGCCCACAACACCCUGCUGAGGGAUCAGGGCAGGCAGGCACUGACAGAGGAGCAGCACAGGGAGCUCCAGCAGCAGAGCAGGGAGCUGGAAUCCUGCAUCCAUCUCCUGGUGCAGACCGGAGCCUCCAUCUACAGCCGGGAUGUGAAAAGCAACAAGACAGUUCUUCAUUACACAGUCCAGGAUGGGAACAUUUCCCUGCUCAGGUACUUCCUGGAGCUGAACGCUUUCAAGUCCAAGGAUUUUGUCAACAACAAGGCCCAUGGCAACACAGCCCUGCACAUGGCAGCUGCUUUGCCUGGUGACAAAAACCAGAAGGAAAUCAUCCAGCUGCUCCUGGAGCACGGGGCAGACCCCAGCAUCCGGAAUUUGGACAAUGACCAGCCAAUCCACAUGGCCCGUCCUGGAAAAGCUGGGGAACAGGCCAGGCAUUUGCUGAAGAAAGGGAAAAUCACACCUGCAUUCAACUCCUGCCGCAGAAAUGCCAGAUCCUGAGUUCACUGCAAUUCAUGGAACGGCUUCAACUCCAGCUUCUGCCUCCUAUAAAAACU